UGUGGAUGAAUCACCAAUGUUAUCAUUUUAUUGUACAUGACAUUUAAAUAAAAAGCGGCAUUUAUUUUUGUAAAUAAACGUGUUUUUAUGUUAAAUUUUAACAAAUAAAAUCGUAGUUUUAUGUGUUAAAAUGCCUAUAAAUUGUAAAUCUAAUUGUGGCAACAAAGCAGUGUUAAAGCGUCCCAAAACCGCAGAUGCUUUAUGCAAAGAAUGUUUUUUUGCUGCCUUCGAGGCAGAAAUUCAUCAUACCAUCACUUCCAGUAAUUUAUUUCGACGUGGUGAAAAGGUUGCUGUAGCAGCAAGUGGUGGCAAAGACUCCACGGUUUUGGCUCAUGUCCUAAAACUACUCAACGAACGUCACGAUUAUGGUCUAGAUCUAGUGCUUUUGUCCAUAGAUGAAGGCAUCACCGGUUAUCGCGAUGAUAGUUUAGAGACUGUAAAACAAAACCGCGAUGACUAUCAAAUACCUCUGAAAAUUCUGUCAUACGAAGAACUUUAUGGUUGGACCAUGGAUCGUAUUGUUGCGCAAAUAGGUCGUUCCAAUAACUGUACAUUUUGUGGUGUAUUCCGUAGACAAGCCUUAGAUCGAGGAGCCAAAUUACUGGAGGUCGAUAGUAUAGCUACUGGUCAUAAUGCCGAUGAUAUAGCAGAGACAGUGUUAAUGAAUAUUUUACGUGGCGAUACGGCACGUUUAAGACGAUGCACCGACAUUAAGACGGGCGGCAGUGAAGACUCUAUACCGCGCGUAAAGCCUCUCAAAUACACCUACGAAAAGGAGAUUGUAAUGUAUGCUCAUUAUAAGAAACUAGUGUAUUUUUCCACCGAAUGUGUCUUUGCCCCCAAUGCGUAUCGUGGUCAUGCCAGAGCUUUUCUCAAAGAUUUAGAGAAGGUUAGACCGUCGGUAAUAAUGGAUAUAAUACAUUCUGGAGAACAAUUGAGAUUUAAGGAUACCGUUAAGAAGCCGGUAAGGGGUAUAUGUGAACGUUGUGGUUUUGUAUCCUCCCAACAGCCUUGCAAGGCUUGCGUGUUGCUAGAGGGUCUAAAUCGAGGUUUACCUAAAUUGGGUAUUGGUAAGAAAUCGAAAGGUGAACGUAUGAUAGCUGACCAGGAGAAAGAAUUGGCUUUGAGAGAAAAGGCAAAUUUGGUUAAGAAUGAUUUUUGAUAAAGAGAAAUAAAUAAGAACUCGAAUUAAAA